CUUUAAUUUAGUAUUUUAUUUGCUUAAAAAGAACUUUGUUUAAAAAAGUCAGUCAACUGUCAUGUGAAAAAUGGAAAUUGGAAAUUAGGUUCCCAAUCCUGAAAUCAAUUGAUUUUGUGGAAAAUGUCGUACUCAUAUAAUAAUGACUGUGUCGGUAGUCCCUUUGGACAUAGUUCGCGAGAGUUACCCAUACAAGACAUGCAGCAGCUGCCUACAUACAACUUGUGGACUGGUUCAACAUACCAUAACAGAAGCGAGUUUAUACCUCGUGACUUACUCUUUAGACAGAAUGAGUCUCAGUCAGCGGCCGCGAACGAGGGCAAGCCAAAGCGAGUUAUAGAAAGAGACAUAUUCAACAGGCGGAUAAUAACGAAAGUUUCUCUUUACAAAGAACCUGAGUUUUUCUUUGAGCCAGAGAAUGAACUAGAAACUCCAAGCCACGGGCCACCAAAAACUAACAGAUGCGAACAAUCUCAAGCAGAUGUUUCGAAAGACGAAUGGACUGAUUUGUAUUGGCGCCGCGCCGGCGUCAACACGAGCCAAGGGUCUCGAGCCAUCGGGAACAGAGGAAUGGCGACCAAGACCAGAGAUGCGCAAUUUAAGAAGAUGUUUAUGGAGUCUUUGGCUCAACCAAUUAAGAGCAGCAAGGCGGAGAGCAUGAUGCAGAAGAUGGGUUGGCAAGGAGGCGCCCUGGGGAAGGAAGGCAACGGCAUUGUGGAACCCAUAGCUCCAAAUAUUGAUUACGCACAAACAACGAUAGGCUUCGGCCUUCGCACAGAGCUCCAGGCCCCGAGCAAGAAGAAGAAGUGCUCGUGCCCCAAGAAGCAGAAGGACAGAGACCAAAAAAUGGAGGACUUCGUGACCAACGCACUGCUUUAUAUAUUGGAGUUUGUGCAGAAUGACUGGGAGACGGAGAUCAUAUUUGAUGUCAAAUUUACCAGCAAAGAGCGCCGCAUCCUACACCAAUGCGUGAACGAACUGAUCAACGAAUCCGGCGACGAACUGUACGCGGGCGAGAGCAACGGCGCUCGCAUCACGAACGCAGCGCAGGAGCGCGCGCUGCGGGACAUUCGCCGCUACAACACGUACGUGCUCUACACCGAGAGCCACGGGCUCGUGCCUCUCAGACAACUGUGCCUGUACAAAGACGCGCCAGAGUUCGUGUACCUCGUGACCCCGGACGACUUCAAGGAGGAGGAGGAAGAGGAGGAGGAGGACAACCCCUUCUUGAAGAGCAUCAAGAGGAACUUGGACGCAGAUGACGAAAUUGAUGAGCCAGGAAACCUGGGUAGACUCAUCAAGUACUUCCUGGAAUUCGUCCGGGACGACUCCUUCACCGAGUUCCGUUUCCUGGGCGCCUUCGACAACGAACUGUCGGAGUGUCUCGACACCUUCCUGAGGGCAGUGUCGGCCGCUAUACGUGAUGAGGACAGAGAUCGGUGGAGGAAGGUGUUCAGAGACGAGAGUGUCAGCUUCCAGCUGAUUGAGAACUGCAACGGGAGUAUGGUGGUCCACAAACGCAAGAAAGACAUGAAGACUUAAACAGCUCGACAAGACUUCACAAAAGCACGGUAUAUACAAUAAUUAUUGCUAUAGUUACAACAGUGGGAGGUUCUCGGAGCGUUUCGACCGCUGCGGCCGCGCUGUCAAUACGAUACGUCGAUUUUUCCUUGAGUAGGGAAUCGUUUCCAAAAUCAAUCAUUCAUAAAAUUGACAUUAACACAGUACAGAUUAAUUGUUUUAAAAUCAGAUAGCUAAACUAAUUCUUGUCUUUGUUAAAAUUUUAAUGGGUAUUUCUCAGAGCGUUUCGACCGCUGCGGUCGCGCUGUCAUUACAAAUUUUCAAAUUUUAACAAAGACAAGAAAUAAUUUUGCUAUCUAUGUACUGUGUUAAUGUCAAUUUUAUGAAUUACUAGAUGAUGCCCGGGGCUUCGCUCCCGUGGGAAUUUUGUGCAAUAUUGGAUAAUGUAUCUUUCUAAUGGUGAAAGAAUUUUCGAAAUCGGUUCGGUAGUUUCGGAGAUUACCGCAUACAUACAAACUCACAAACGCUUACCUGUUUAUAAUAAUAGUAUAGAUUGGUUUUGGAAAUGAUUCCUUCCUCAUGAAAAUUGACGGAUCGUAAUGACAGCGCGGCCGCAGCGUUGGAAACGCUCCGAGAAUCACCCCAAUAGCGAUUUUAGUACGUAGCAGUGACGUAUUUAGCUAUAGGAAAAUUUCUUUAUUUUGCUAAAGGCCUUGCAGUUUUUUUUACUUGAAUAAAUUGAUGAAUAUCACAAGCGUUUGAAAGCGGCGUGUGGCAUUUCAUUCGUGUCCGACAUUUUUUAAAAUAAAGAAACAUUUCUUUUAAAUUAAACAUUCAUAAAAUUAACAUCGUACCAGUAUUUUACUUAUUUAUAAAAUAGGAUAAUUACUGUGUAUGGUACAGUUUGAUAAACACUAAUGAGAGCCCGCGGCGGAGUUCGAAACGCUCGUGAAAUUCACCCAAAUAUGUAACAAUGUCACUAUUCGGUAUUCCUACACUGUUGCUAAUCGGUACAACCAUUUAGAAAUGUAAUAUUUUCCAUGUUAUCUCGCCUUUUUCUACUUUUUGGUACUUUUUUUUUCCCAAGAAGUAACUGAUAUGUAGUAGCAGUGUUACGUUUUGGGAAAAUCGUUAGUUGAGUAAUAAGAUUUAUUUUUUCGUUGAGACUUAUAAUAGAGAGGGGGGGGGGGUGGCUUUUGAGUACCCCCCCCCCUCCGCCUCUUGAGAAUUAUUUUUGAAUAAGAUGAUAAGAAGAAGAGAUGUUCGUUUUAUGAAUAAGAUGGUUGGUAUAUUUUGCGGGUAUUUUUGUGUUUGUUGAUAUUAUACUUAAGCGUAAUCAACUAUAUUCAUAAUAUGAUUAUUGGCAAUCAUGAUUACUUGUAAUCGUAAAAAAUAAUCAUGUUUUUCUUUUCAUGAUUAUUUUUUGUCUGUAAUCGGAGUGAUGAUGACAAAAUGUAGUCUUAAUUCAGAUAACUUUGUUUAAUUCUUGUUGGAUUACAUUCGAUGUAUUUUUUAUUAUUGGGAUAUAUAUAUAUAUAUAUUUAAAUACGUCACUGCCUUAGAAUUGUUUAUGUAGUACGGACGUGACGAAGACAUCAUUAUUUCAAUUUACACGUAUACUAGAUAUUGCCCGGGGCUUCGCUCCCGUGGGAAUUUUGAGAUAAAAUAUAGCCUAUAGCAAUCUUGGAUAAUGUACCUUUCUAAUGGUGAAAGAAUUUUUGAAAUUGGUUUAGUAGUUUCAGUUUAGAGAUUAUCCUCAUAAUAUUAGUAUAGAUAGAAGCGUCAAUCUAAAUUUACGAUCUAUACUUACGAUUUAAAAGAGAUUCAACCCCUGAGCCGAUUUUGAUGAAAUUGGUUUCGGAAAUUAUUUGCUUAGAAUAUCAUCAGGCCAAAACUAAUAUAAUAAUAUUAUUUUUCACAUUUGAUAUAAAUAUCAGAGCUAUAGAGUAUAGCAGAGUAUUUUUUAUACUACUUACGGGUAUUUAUCUGCGUACCUGGGUUUGCUUCCUUGGGAAUUCCGGGAUAAAAAGUACCCUAUGUCACUCAGGAAUAAUGGAGCUUCAUACUGGUGAAGGAAUUUUGGAAAUCGGUUGAGUACUUCCGAAGAUUACCUUCUACAAAUUUACAAACAAUUGCUCUUUGUAAUAUUAGACUAUAUUAGUUUACCCCGCCCGGCCCUAGAAGGGGCAAACCCAAGAAGCGCCGGCUUGAUGUCGUCAAGGAUGAUAUGCGUGUCAAUGGUCUGACAACAAGCGAUGUCGACGACUGUGUGAAGUGGAGACGGAAAAGUGGGAAAGCCACACGCUCCAGCCAUUGAGCGUCGGAGCCCAGGGUCCAGGAAGAAACUGGAAAAACGCUCACAUGAUAGAGAGAAAGUCUACAUGUAUAUACAGAAAAUGCCAAAAAAUAAUGUGUCUUCGUCUGGUUCUAUGCUACAACUUAUCCACUGGACAUAAAAAUUCCAAUAUUGGACAAAAAUUGACAUUCCCCAAAACAUUAUCUGUGGGAGCGUAAAUGUGAUCACAGUAGGUGCUAUGAAUUUGUUAGAUAGAGAAUGAAUUUGCUCAAACAUUGUUAUAUUCCCUUAAUCAUCUUAUACGAAUCCCGCGGAAAGUAUAGUUGAAUAUGUAAGAUAGUGCUUCUGGGAGUUAAGGGCCGGUGCAGACGUAAUGCCUGCUGCAGUUUAAAUUAUCGAGACGAUUACGAGAGUCAUCUUCUCAUUUUGACUUCGACAAGUUUAAUAAGAUAGAUACAAAUGUACAGACAUAUACCUGUGGGCUGUAUUUGACGUCAAGAAGCAUAUUUAUCAAUUAUCAUUGAUUCGUGGACCAGAUGAAAGAAAAGGCGGGAGUCGUGUCGUAUGGGAUUGGUAGAAUCGUUGACAUAGGGUUGACGUAGGGAGCUAAAAUCGUUAACAGAUGAUAGAUGUAAUUGGAAGCUGCUCCAUAGACAACAACAAUGGUCAUAAACGCUUGAUGUUGAUGACAUGAUGAUGAUAAUAAAUAAUUACGAAUUUGAAUAAUUUGUAAUUUGAGAGUUACAAAUAUUUAUCCAGGUGAGCAAAAUGGAAAAUUUCGCAACAAUAAUAAAAAAAAUUGUUUUCUUUUCAAAUGUAUUUAAGAGUGUACCGAGCGCGAGCGCACACUAGCACUACCAUCAUAUUUUUAUCAAUUUCUUUUAAAUAAAAGCAAAUUUUAAAAAUCUACAUUGGACAAAUUAUGCUAUGCUAUAUAAAGGACUUAAUUAAAAAGUAAUAUAGUUUUGUAUUGUACAAUAUGUGGACACAAUUUACUGAACGCACUUUAGCGGCCACCGUUUUCCGUUUAGUAGAUUGUGUCAACUGUGUCCAAUAUAUAACUACAAUACAUUAUAUUAUAUACAUUAUACUAUAUAAUAUAUAAUGUAUUACCUCGGUGGUGCAGUGGUAAAGUUCUUGCCACUGAACCGAGAGGUCCCGGGUUCGAUCCCCGGUCGGGUCAUGAUGGAAAAUGAUCUUUUCCUGAUUGGCCCGGGUCUUGUAUGUUUAUCUAUAUAUGUACAUGUUAUAAAAUAUAGUAUCGUUGAAUUAGUAUCCCGUAACACAAGUCUCGAACUUACUUUGGCGCUAGCUCAAUCUGUGUGAUUUGUCCUAAUAUAUUUAUUUAUUUAUUAUUUAUUUAUAUACAUUAUAUAUUUUUAAUGCAGUCCUUUAUCUAGGGAAGCAUAAUUAGUCCGAGCCAGAUAUUUAAAAAAAUUCUUCUGUUUAAAAGAAAUUGAUAAAUAUAUGAUGGUGGCGCUAGUGUGCACUCCGCGCACUGUUAACAGUAGCGACGCGUUCUACUAGCGACACAUAAGUUCUUCCGUAAGUUCUAACUUGAUCAAGUGGGUCAUUGUAUUUGGCGAUCUAACCAGGCACCCUAGUUACUUCAAAUCAUGCCGUAGGUCAGUCAUGUGCAGUAAUAUCUAUAUUCAUUGGUUCGUACUCCAACACCACAAAGUCUAAAAGUGAAUGCAUCUGCAUUCACUUUUAGACAUACAUCAAUCAUACAUCAAUGUACAUGUCUAUAAAUUUUCGUAUCUUGAAUUAAACCUGUUAAUUAUAUCAAGGGGUUUGAGUGUAAGAAAUUUUGAUGAUGGUUUAGAAAUGUUUUUUUUUUUUACAAAAAUAUUUCAAUAUUUCUUUACUAAUAAUCGUGAAAACUAUUUUACUUAAUAUUCUUAUUAUUCUACUCUUAUAUUUUAUUAAUAAAUGGAAUUCAUUAUAUCUCGAGAAGUAUCAUGAAUUUGAAAACUAUAUUUUUUACAUAUAGAAAGAGGAACGAACAAGGAAUAGUAUAAGCUGAUAAUAAAGUCUUAUUCUUAGGGAAAGCUUGCAAUUAUUAAUCGUUCGCACGGGCGUGAUAAAUCUACCCACGCAUAUUUAUCGUAUUUAAAUAAGUGACAUUUUUAUUGUAUUGGGCAUUCGACCUACCGUCCAACGCACAGAGCUCAAUAUGCGAUAAAAGGCGUUGCCGCGGCGUGAAAGUAUGGAUACACGUAUACUCAAUUUCAAAGAGUUUUUAACAGCGCAUCGAACGGGCUCAGUCGCAAAACGUCUCUUUCGCAAAAUGUCUUAAUGUAAAAUGUUUCUUAUAAUGACUGUUUGUGACAAAAUAAAUAAAUAAAAAAAUGUCCCCUGGUUGUAAAACGUCUCUUUCGCAGACUCUAAGUCCCUGGCGCGACAUUUUGCGAAAGAGACGUUUUGCGCCUGAGCCGUCGAACGUCCGUGCGACAGAGACCUAUAAUAUGUAUAUAUAUAUAUGGCAGCGGGAUGAACGGGUAUACGCGAAAUGAAAGCGACAGAGAUAGAUGUAUUAUCUCAACACAAAAAGGUCGGUAAUACAAUACAAUGGAAUGAAAUGUUCCCAUACUGAAAAAGUACUGAAUUGACGGAAUAAUGGACGGUUUACACGUAACAAGCUGCUGGAACAAAUAAUGCCUUUGAAAAUAAUGGCGAUUCACUGCCGGAUCCUCCUCUAUUCUAUCCCAAUACGCUAGUUGUUAAACUUUACUUUUUGAUGAUUAUUCGAAGGCCCGAACCGUGGAACACCACAACCACUUCGUGUUCCGCGGGUCAGAAAGGCUUAUAUCAAUAAAAAUACCAAUGUGGAAAAAUUACUGUGAUGAUGACUUGCUCGACAGCCACAUUGAAUAUUACGUUUUGUGAUGACUUGGAAAGUUGGAAAAUAUGAUUAUAUACUUUUUGAAAAUUAACUUUCCAACCAAUUUUAAAACUUCUUAUAAGAUUCAGCUGCAUUGAUACAGUCUGUAAAUUAUAAAUAAAUAAAUAAUUAUUUUCAUCUAAUAAUAUAAUCUAUAAUCAUAAAUAUUUUUUACAAUUCUCUGACCUUGUCAACUACCCUAUUGCUGCGCCUAACAGGGCCCAUAAAUGUACUUUAGUUAUAAACAUUGUUAAUUCAGUAAAUUAUUGAGUAUUGGAUGCUUUCCGGAGAGUGAUGAGAAAACAAAUAAUGUGCUAGCUUGCCACGUCGAAACCGUUCAUAAUAUAACUAUGAUCAUAUAAUGUUUCAAGACAUUGUUAAUUAGAAAUAAUUAUUUUAUAAAUUAAGUAAUUUAUAAAAUGAAUGUGCAAACUAUACUAAGUAAUCUCUUAGGUAACUUUGCCCGACACAGGGUUUAUUUUUAAUGUAUAAGAAUAUUAAAAACGCAAAAAAAAAAUCUAAUGCAAAAAAAAAAAUAUUUGCUAAUUUAUCUUGUACAGUCGGAAGUACAGUAAUCUAACCAAAUUUAUUACAAUCGCCCCUCGUACCGCGGAAUAAAGAUCCAUAUAGGAACUUGACAAGCGUUCGACUGUACUCGUCCCAAAAAAUAUUUUUUGUUUCACCUUUUGGUUGACAGAUAGAUAGUCCCUCCCAGUGUUUGAGUCCGCCUUUAAACAUUAUGCUUGUUGAUGUUAUUAUCCACAGACAUAUUAAACCUAUACUUGGAAUUUUAUUAAUCUCGGUUUUAUUAUUAUACCUAUAUUGAUGACAUACCCACCGAGAUCAAUCAAAAUUCGAAUCCAAGUGAUAGAUUAAGUAUUUGUUUUAGAUAAGGUUUUAAUUAAGGUUCGUGCACAUUGUUUCGGGCCGCAGCGGGGCGUGAUGCAGGCGGCCGCUAUCGCGUAUUUAUCGAUUUCUUUUAAUUAUUAUUAAUAGCGACAAAUAAGAAAAAAGUAAUGGAUUUGUUAUACAUGUAACAUAUUCUUUUUAACAAAUUUAACGAGAAUUAACUCUUGACGUUAUGGUCUCGAUAGCUCAGUGGUUAAGACCACUGUCUCGAAUUGACACGAUUUUGAUUGAAUUCUCGCUCGAGUCUAGACUUUUUUUUAUCGUAUUAUUAACAUACACAUAUUUUUCAAAAUCAAAACAUAACCGUUGAUUUUGUUGGAUACGCGAUAGUAUUACACUUUUCCAUCAAACUAUGUCUAAUUUGUGGCAACUGUGUCCAAUAGAAAACUAUUAUACUAUCUAAUAUUAUCAAAGUAUAUUUAAGAUAUAAUAAAAUAUAGAUAUGUAAAACUUGCCUCAAACUCCCCCAUACUAAUCGUAUCUCCUAAUGACGACUUCGGCAGGACAUGAACUUAAUGAAGUUUGAGCUGAUAAAUCAACUCAGGUAUAUAAAUUCAAGCUGAAAACCAGCUAGAUGAGUUAAUUUAAAUGUAUUACACACAUAUACUAUGUAAUAUUGCAUAUUUCAUACCUUGUCCGGUCCCUAUUACGUGUUUUUUUUAACUUUGUUGCCCUUGUUACUACCAAUCUUACUGCCACUGCCACCAUCGAAUCGAUUCGAAGUGAGACGCAGCAAACCAACCAACUUGCGCGAUUGUGACGUCGACCACUGCAAUGUGAUUGGUUCGAUGCUUCUCACUUCGAAUCAAUUCGACGGUGAGAAGUGAAAUGCAAACCCGCACUAAGCCCUCAUUAGUUGCACUGCAAUGCGGCCCGGCAGAAUGUGCGUAUUGUUAACAGUCAAGCCCCAUUGCUCAGUUGCGCUCCGUCGUUAUGACGUCCGCCGAUAGACGCAGAACAACGCAAACAUUGUAUGAAAUUUCGAUGUACGUCAACGCACGUCAGUGUCAAAACGUGCUGUGUCGUCGCAACGGAGGACGACUGAGCAAUGGGGCAUGGCUCUAUUUCUGUAUUUAUAUUACUAUAUAAAGAUUUACGCUUUAUUAGCUCUAAUGUCUGAUAAAUUUAAGCGGUUUUAGAAUUAUGAAUUUUAGAUGUUAUCAUGUUAGUGCAGUCAACGAUGCCAACCAAAAUUAUGGGAAAUUCGCCGUUAUCUUCACGGCUUAAAGUACCAUUUAGGGUAACCUAAAUGGUACUUUAAGCCUUGACAUGAGAAGCAUACUGUACUAAACAGAUGGACAGGUAUAUAAUUUACCUCCACGUGACACAGUGCAAUUUUAGAAUAAUAUUGUAAUAUUUUUACAUAGCUAUCUUAAGGCGUUGUCCUCAUCGAGACAAAACGACGCGAAGCGACGUUUCGACUAGGUAUGAGACGUAUCAUGUAAGUUCACUAUUUACUUAAUAUAUAAGUACCGGUAUCAGUCGCUAUAACAGUGGUAUACAGGGUUACUGGUAUCUAACGCAUAACCUUCCAAAGGCGCAUAAGGUACAUAGAGACUAACAUCUUUUGUUCUACGACUUUUGUCUAAAUGUAAUAAAUCCAAAAAAAAUAUCAUUUUUUUAGUUUUUAUGUUAACUCUAUGUUCGAUUCCGCUACAUAACGCUACUGUACUGUCUCGUGUUCCUUGGCUAUUACAUAGAGUUAAGAUGUGUAGAAUCGCAAAUUAGAUUGUAUUUUUUUUUGUGUAUGAAAAAAAACACGAAUCACGAAAAGUCGUAGAAUAAAAGCUGUUUGUUUUGAUUUACCCAAGUAGUCUUUUAGGAGGUUUUGCGUUUGAUACCAGUGACCCUGUAUAUAUCAAUAUGUUAUUGGUUAGGAGCACACAUAACCGGAGAGCAAGCAUGAAAACUGAUGAGUACAGAAGAGGCGAGUGAGAUUUGUCAGGAUCAUGGUGAGUGGAAAUCUUUAAGUCUUUGGUAGGCAAACACUCGCCAUGUCACUCGCCCAUGGGAAACAAGCGUUAUAAUAUGUGUGUGUAUGUAUUGAAAUCGGUAUUUAAAUAUAAAGUUUUAUGUAUUUAUUGAUUCGCUGUUAAUAUUCUGACUAAAUAAAUAAAAUAAAAUCUGACCACAGUAUCGAAUCGCGUGGCAAACUUUAUCUCAAUGAGGACGCGUAGUAAAUGUCCAUUAUAAAUGUCGUGAAACAAUAAUUUUCUAAAAAAAAAAUACAAAAAAAAAGUUCGUAUUUAAGUAUAUACCUACAUACGAAAUUAAUAUUAAGCAUGUGCAAAUGCACAAAAUACUAAUAGAAAAUGAAUUGCAUAUGUAUUUGAAAAAAGUAAAUGUUAACAUUCUAUUUUACUUAUCGUCUGUGUAUAAAGAGUAUGUAAUAAAUGAGGGCGCUGUGUCCGCUUGGCUGGCAACACUGAGUGUUUAUCAACAUCGUCUUGGACAUUAUAUUUGGUGUUGCAAUAACAAAAAAUCGUCAACUCCGUUUUAAACUCUUUAUAGACAGAUUAACAUUAACUGUAUUUACAGUAGCCAAAACUUCAGUAUACAUUGUAUUUAUAUCUCUAUAUAAGUAAUUAGUAAACUAUAUACAUAAAGCUUGGCAAAAAGAUUAUUAUGAGGGCGCUAUUGUACAAGAAUGAAUUUCAAUAAAUAUAAAAACAAAAUUAGUAUAAAAUCGUCGAAAAAAAUUAUAUUUUAAACCGGCAACAGGGUCUUCAAUAAGUUCCGUCUAUGGUAAGCACACAUCUUUUGCCAAGCUAGCUUUUACCUACUUAUUAUAGUAUUAUUAUAGUGCGGUCGUGUCCAUGAAGCUAUAGAUAAUACGGGAGCGCACUAAUCAUUUUUGAUGCAAACUGCCUUUUGCUAACUUGUUUCGGCUCCGGCCCUUUCGCAAAAUGUUCCCUAGUCGCAAAAUGUUCCCUAGUCGCAAAACGUCUCUUUCGCGCAAUGACUAUGUCUAUGAUAGUGACUUCGAAAAGGAAACAUUGAUACAUAUAAUAAAAUUGAAGAAAAGCCAAAUUUGCACAUUGGAUUUUUUAAUAUUCUUCAUGGAAUAUACUUGGUUACGUUAUAGAUGACGAAAAUAGUCAAUAAUAUGUUUAUAACGACGGGUGUCUUGGUUUAUAACUACCUAUUAUGAUUUUGCUUUAAAAAAAAAAUUAAAAAUAUUCUAAAUUCUUGUUGCGACAUUUUACGAAAGAGAUAUUACAAGAAAGAUACAUUUUACGACUAGGGGACAUUUUUCGAAAGAGAUGUUUUGCGCCUGAGCCUACAUAAGGUAGCAAAAUGUACUUUGCAUAUAUGCAGGUAUGUUGCGCAUGAGGCUCUUUCAUCCGUAGCCCGAGCUAGGACGCUUUAAAACCCACUUUUCAUAAGUCUCCUGUGACUUAAUAUAUAAUAAUAAGUAGGUAAUUUAUUUAUUGUUACUAUUUUAACCCUUUCACGGAAACUAAACGAAAUACAAAAAAGUUUCAUUGUUAUAACGUGUGUGUAACGAUGUAAGUUCCUGCAAAGGGUUAAAAGCGCCUCUAGCGUAAAUUGAGACUGAAUUGAGAACUAUGAAACUAAAUAAUAAUAAAAAAAAAAAAAAUUGAUGUUUAAAAAUACCUUUCUCACGAUUCUCGCUAGAGCGCGCCACUCAUAGAUUUUCGACCUAAUAUAAAACGAACUGAUGGUAGUUUUAAAAGCUUUAGAAGAUUUUGUAAAUAUUUGUACAUAAUUAUGUUUAACUAGUGUAAUAUUUAUUAAGCUAAUAUAAGACCUAGAUUAACCGA